AUGGAACUGACCAAAACCCCCACCAAAACCGACCUGAGAGGAUGUGAAGAUGACCAUGUAGCAACUGCUUGCACAGGCUAUGACAUCUCCUGGCACAUUCUCACAUGUCCUUCUCUUUCCUUCUCUCCUUCGGGGAACAACGAAGUGUCAGUGACCGUAGGUGACAGCUCAGUGCUCUCCUGCCCUAACCAAUCAAAUAUAACUCUGCUAACAUGGAAAAUAAGUCCCAAGGUUGGAGGCCCCUGCACCUUGGGAUACAGGGCUGAUACAAACACGACAGACAGAACAAACUGCAGUGAAUGCAUAAACUGGAAAUUCAGACCAGAUCUGAGUCCUGACCUUGAGAUACAGCAGGUGGGGAUAGCCCAGGAGGGAAAUUACAUCUGCGAAGUUGUAACACCAGACGGGAAUUUCCGCAGGACAUACCACCUGACUGUGCUGGUGCCCCCCAGGCUGAGCCUGUACUGCGAUGAGCACGGGAACGCCGUGUGCGAGGCAGCGGCAGGGAAGCCUCCUGCUCAGGUCUCGUGGCUCCUACAGAGCAACUCCUCCCUUGAGGAAAAAAGCCACAACAACAGGACAGUGACCGUUCUCAGCAGGUUGCCAGCAUGUAACACCAGUGUGACUGACACAACCUGCAUGGUGUUCCACCCAGCUGGGAACUGGAGUGAGUCCAUGGCCUGUUGCUCCUCAGAGACUGGAAGAUUUCUUCACUGUGUCAUCAGCCUUGUGAGCCUCCUGGGCCUUCUCUUCCUGCAGGCUGUUUUUCAGCUCUACACCUUCUGUGGUACCAGGACAAUGAGAAACUAGUACCAAGCACAGCAGCUUCCAUCUGCAGAAGUGUCUCAGCACUUGGCAGAGAUGAAAGGAAGUCCUAAUAUGUCUCAGCAACGUGGCAUGCAGCAAGAACUCACCGAUACCAAAAUGUUCAGGAGAAGGAAGCAAACAUCUACAGUGCAGCCAUGUGUAACUGUGCAGAAA